AUGCUUUCCCUCCCUCACAGUGAUGGUUCCUCUCCCAGACUGGAUGGGUGUAGAGGGGGCUGCCCUGGCAGUUCACGGCCGUCCAGAUGCACCUGCACUGGGGCAAUGGAGCCCCGGGGGCUGGGGGCAGCGAACACACCAUCAACAGUCAGAAGCACCUCUGCAGAGGUGAGUCAAAAUGUGUGUGUGUGUGUGUGUGUUUGGAGGGGGGCGGGGUGUGAGGGGUAUUGGUGGGUGAGAGUGCACGAGUGUGUGUGUGUGUGCACACGCACGUGUGUGUUUCUACGCCUGCAUGGGUAAGGACAUGUGUACGUGCCAAAGUGUAUAUCCAGGCAGGUUGCAGUAUUAAGCACUUCAGUUGAGAAACCAUACUAUAAUCCUAUUAAAUAUUAUACAAAAAGACUAAACAGCAAUCUAGACUCUUAGCUAAUCUGGUUUACACUAGCCAUAGUAGGAGAAAACAAACCUUGAAAAUAAAAGUUAUUGGAGAAUAAGUGUUUGAAUUAUGUUAAUUAAUUGGGGAGUGGAAUUAAAUCUGAUUGAAAUUGUUGUAAAUACUUCAGGAUUAGAAAUAGAUUUCAACUGGCAAGCAUGCCAAAUAAAAGCCUCUCAAACACCUACAGUAUACACAGUAUACACAGGAAGGGGAACCAACUUACUAAGGUUCGGCCACAGUGUAUGUUAACCUUUACCGCAAAACAACACACACACACACACACACACACACACACACUCUCUCUUUUGGAACUUGGAACAGUUCUCUGUGGGAAGGGAAUGAAGGGAAUGUAGAACAUGCAGUGGAUCUGCAAAAAUGGGUGGAGAGGUGAUGGAGUGAGGGAUGGAGAGAGAGAGAGAGAGAGAGAGAGAGAGAGAGAGGAGAGAGAGAGAGAGAGAAGCGAGGAGAGAGAGGAAGAGGGGCGAGGAGAGAGAGAACGAGAGCUUGGUAGGAGAUGGGGAGUGGCGGGGUUGAGAUUUGUGUGAGGAGGGAUCGAGAGAGCGAGAGUGAGCGAGCGUCAGAGAGGGUAGACGAUGUAUUGGACUUGUUUGUGAUGUACGAGCUUGAAACAAAGUAGACUAGAUCAUCCUUGGUAACCUAGAUACCCUGACAUCGGUGAGAAACAGUGGACAUGUUGGCAUGGUUGGUGUGUGCAUUUCAGUCAGGUUGGACGAUUACCAGAUAUGUCAUUGCUACUGCACAGUAUGCCUACGAGAGGGAGGGACAGAGAGAGAGAGAGAGAGAGAGAGAGAGCGAGAGGGGGAGGGACAGCGAGAGACGGAGAGAAAGAGAGAGAGAAGCGGGAGAGGGGAGAAGGAAAGAGGAGCCACAAUAAAUACAAGUUUGAAAACAUGGACGAGACGCUCCAUGCUUUGGUUACACACUAUUACAAUUAGUCUCUAUCUCAUUUACUCACUCCCUUUCUCUUUGUAUAUCCCCCCUCCCUCUCUCGAUCACGCUCUCAUUCCCUCUCCCUGACUCUCUCUUUCUUCCAUCUGACCCCUAUGUAAACGAAUGAAGCAGCUAACCAUGUUCCCUCUCUGUGUAGCUGCACGUGGUGCACUACAACUCAGAGCUGUACCCUAACAUGUCAGUGGCUAUGACCCAGCAGGAUGGACUGGCAGUACUGGGAGUCCUCAUAGAGGUAGGACUAUUACAUCACAACUAACUGACAAUCACAUCAACCACUGGAUACAUUACAUACUUCAAAAGUGUUGUAUUUGUAUUCUUUACAAUUGGUUACAAAUUCCUUUUAUUUACGUUAUAUUUCUUCAGUUGGAAAAUCUUCACAUCACCAGAUUAGUAAGAAAGGCUUUCUGAAUGUAUAGUAAAGCAUGUAGACUUGACCUAAAGGGAAGAUGUGUGAUCUGUCAGACAGGUGAGGAGGCUAACCCGGCUUUUUGGAACAUUCUCAACUACCUGGGUCGCGUCAGACACGCAGGUGAGACAGCUGUCAAUCAAAGUACACCUUUAACCAAUCAGCAUUAUUAUUACAGCUACCUUCUAGCAAUUUUACCGUUCAAAUUACAUUGGUAUCCACGACUACAGUAGUUUAUGGGGAUUCUCUGGUUUCUUAUGGAAGUGCCAAACAGCACCGCUGUGAGCCCCCAGGAAUCAAACCCUGUACCUCUCCUCUAACCUUCAUCCCUCCAUUCCUCCCUCCAUUCCUCCCUCCGUUCCUCCCUCCGUGGUCAGGUCAGAGUGUGUCCAUCCCAGCCUUUGAUGUCCAGUCCCUCCUGCCCUCUGACCUGGGGCGGUACUACCGAUACAAUGGCUCCCUCACCACCCCUCCCUGCUUCCAGAGUGUCCUCUGGACCCUCUUCACAGAGACCGUCAAAAUCUCACACACACAGGUGAGGGAGGUGGAUGUUGGUGUGUGACUGGGAGUGAGAAUCCUUUAUGGCACCUUGCUUGAAUUCAAAGCAUCACUAUGUCCUCCUCUUCUUUCCUCCUCUCUUCCCUCCUGUCUUCCUUCCCCUCCCCUCUUUCCUCCUCUCUUCCCUCCUGUCUUCCUUCUCUUCCUCCCAUUCCUCCUCUCUUCCCUCCUGUCUUCCUUCUCUUCCUCCCAUUCCUUUCCUCUCUGUCCUCCUCUCUUCCUCCUCUCUGUCCUCCCUUCUUCCUCAGAUGAUGAAGCUGGAGACAGUGCUGUAUGCCAGUAAGGAGGAUGCUGACCGUGUCGUCAUGCAGGACAACUACCGUACACCUCAACCACUUAACGACCGGACCAUCCUCUCAUCUUUCCCAUUAGGUAGGGGGGGGGGGAUAGAUAGAGAGGGUGAAAGAAGGAGAGAUGACCUUUCACCAUGGCGUAUUUUAUUCACACAGAACAUCCCUUUGUAAACAGUGCAUUAGGAACAGCCUUGCUCCAGUGUUUCACUCCCCUGCUAUCUCACACAAUGAACACCCAUGUCCCCAUUCAUUAAGACAGGUGUCAGAGAGACUGGCAUAAUGCUAACAUGUUAACAGCAGCAGGGCAAGUGCUAGCCUCGUAGCUAACAGCAGCAUCAGCAGGAAGAGCAUGGGGCGGGCGAGCCUCGCACCGUGACCACUAAUAACAUUUCACCAAACAGUAUUAGUGGACACGGUGUGGGGCUCGGGGUGGACAUGUGGAGAAAGGCUAGCACUAAGCACUAGCGUAGCAAAGAGAGGAAUAUGGUGAGAACUGUGGAAAUGUCAAGGGUUACUGACUGUGAAAGAGAUAAAGAGGGGGAUAAGGAGGGGGGGCAGAGAAAAGGAGAGAGACAGGGGGGGGAUUGCGGGAGCGAUAGGGAGAAAGAGAGAGAGAUAGAGAGAGAGAUAGAGAGAGAGGAGUUGUAAAUGAGAGGGAGGUCUGUUUGUUUACCAGUUGGCUGAUUCGUUUUUGCAAAAUCUGUUCUCUAAACACUGACACUAUUGUUGUCACAUGACAAGAGAGGAAGAGGCGAAGAGAUUGGAGGUGGAGAGAGGAGAGAGGGCGGAGUAGCAGAGAUGAGAGUUGUGACGUGAGGAGAAGACGAUGGAGGGAGAGACAGAAGAGAGAGGAGGUAGAGGGAGAGAGAGCGGAGAGAGAGAGAGAGAGAGUAGAGGGGAGGGAAGAGAGAGGAGAGACGAGAGGAGCAGAAGAGAGAGGGGAGGACGCUUAGAGCAGAGAGGAUGAGAGAGAGAGAGAGAGAGAGAGAGAGAGAGAAAGAAAGAGAAAAAGAGCAGAUCACAAAGACAAAGGAGAAAGAAGUUGUGCAAAGUGUUGCCCAUGGCUGAUUAAACUGAGAGGGAGGCCUAUGACAACACCACAGGAAGGCUGGUGAGAGGAGGACGGCUCAUAAUAAUGGCUGGGGUGGAGUGAAUGGAAUGGUAUCAAACUCAUGGAAACCGCGUGUUUGAUACCAUUCCAUCCCGCCCAUCCUCUCCAAUUAAGGUACCACCAGCCGCCUGUGGACAACACUCAUUCCAAAGACUACAGAACACACCAUAGAUAUGUAAUCAUUUCCCUGUAGGCCUACUAAAUGUUAAUUGAACAUUAAUUCCAAAUGAAUUACAGUACGUCGACUGCAUAAACAAAGUAGCACAGUAGUAUUUUACAUGAACCCUCUGUCAUACAGGCUUCAUAUCAUUAUCAUGUCAAACCGUUAUGCCUGUUAUUCUGUAGGCCUUAUGACAGACGUCCAGGUAAUAAGACAGUGCUCUAAAUAACAUAUUCCUUUUCCCAUUUGCAGAAUCAGUGAAGGUGUACACUGCCGGUAAGACGUGGACAUUCAUAGUUUAUUCAUUAUUAAUGUAGGCCUCUGGUGAAUGUAUAUAUUUUCAUGUUUGAUGUAUUAGUUGUAAUAUUUCUCUAUCUAUGUCUGUCUCAGGCGAGAUCACAGCGAUAGUAAUAGGAGCUCUGUGCGGCUGCGUUGGUCUGGCUGUCAUCAUUCGCUUCAUAGUGAAGACUAUACGGUAAGGCACUGAGCUGUUAAAUGGGGUUUCUUAGCUUACUAGCCUGCCUGAGUGCUAUUACAACAGAGUUAUCUGAAGUUGAAACAGUAUGGUCAACCAGACUAUUGUUAUGCUGGUUACCUGUGUUUAUCAUAGUGCAGUAUGAAACUGUGGUAUGCUUUGAUCCAAAAUGUCCUGGGUUUCUUUUUGUUCUUUGGUGUCUCAAUCUUCACAUCUCUCUUGGCAGAUUUUUCAAACACCUGCACAAUGAAAGGGUCUUGGUAAACAGGUGGAAUCCUCCAUAAUACCUGAUACCUACUGCAUACAUGACCAAUACUACAUGUUCAUAAACCAAAUAAAUACUACUGCCAGUGUUCUAUAUGACAGGGUUCCAAUUACAGGGAUGUCUGGAGAUGCUAGCCACUCCUAUAAUUAAAGUUUUGGCACCCCUUGAAUUGUUAAAAAAUAUAUAUAUGUGGGCUCCCCCAUCAGUGUACCUCCAAGAGUCAAUGUGUAAUUUGAACCCUGUUCAAAAAAACAUUACUAUGUUAACCACCAGUGAUUGGUAGAUUCCCCGGCAUAUAUGCUCAGGUCUAGGAUCAGUUUGUUACUCCAAUCCUAACCGUAACCAUCAGGAGGUAAAAACACACAAACUGACCUUAGAUCAGUGCUCAGGGCAACUUCAUCCUCUACCGUCUGAUUGCUUUGACUGUGUGAUAAUUGCCCCAUUCUUAAUCAACCCUUUGUCCCUACAUUAUGCACUGUACAUUUAGAUCCAACAGUCUCGCUUGCCAGGCUUAAUGCCAAAGACACGUGGUUGGGAAUGAGACUAAGAUCUGAGAUGAUUGGAUAGGUGUAAGGAAUGUGGCAAAAGGUUCACCCAGCCCACACCAUACUGUCAAUAACUAUCUAAUUAUUUCAGAUCUACAAAAUGUGCUGAGGAGAAGGAUGAAGGGUCGGUUUGGGGCAUGAUUGUUGCCCUUUUAACGUGAUUGUGUCUGUCUAUGAUGUGAUUGUUUGUGUUUCCUGGUCACAUGACACUGUGUUUUCAUCACGACAGCUCCACCUCUAGCUGGGACGUCCUGCCCAGCGUCCGGCCCGCCCCCGUGCCCAGGUCACCAAUCAGAUUAUGACCUUUGACCUUCAACCCUUUAACCCUACUCCCUGAUUUGACUCCCCAUCAUCUGCCUUCGAUUCUAACAGUCUGUCCCUGGCUAGAGAUAACUCCUAGCUCCCCUAAACCUUGGUGUGUAGCCUCCAGAUCUGAAGAAAGCGCAUAGAUGUGUCGUUAAAAUUGGUCUCAGUUGAGCUCAUUUUACUUUUAGCAUUUGAUUUACCUAUCUAAUUCCUUAAGAUCUGCAAACACCAAACUGGUCGGGGCUAGGAGUUGUUUUCUGGACUGGGACUCUAGAAAUUCCAACAUCAUUUAUGUAUUAUCCUAAAGAAUCCUAAUCCAUUCCUGUAAUCCUGUUAUUCUAGGAAAUUUCACAAGUCAUCUGUUUAGAUUGUUGUGUCUUUAAAUUCAGUGUUGGACUAAUUAUAACACGUUUUCUCCCUCCCAAUAACUUUUUAAUGCUGUAGCUUCCCACUGGGCACACACUGGUUGAAUCAAUGUUGUUUCCACGUCAUUUACAUUUACAUUUACGUCAUUUAGCAGACGCUCUUAUCCAGAGUGACUUACAAAUUGGUGCAUUCACCUUAUAGCCAGUGGGAUAACCACUUUACAAUAUGUUUUUUUUUUUCUUUCUUUGGGGUGGGGUAAGGGGGGGGUAGAAGGAUUACUUUAUACUAUUCCAGGUAUUCCUUAAAGAGGUGGGGUUUCAAGUGUCUCCGGAAGGUGGUGAGUGACUCCGCUGUCCUGGCGUCGUGAGGGAGCUUGUUCCACCAUUGGGGUGCCAGAGCAGCGAACAGUUUUGACUGGGCUGAGCGGGAACUGUGCUUCCGCAGAGGUAGGGGGGCCAGCAGGCCAGAGGUGGAUGAACGCAAUGCCCUCGUUUGGGUGUAGGGACUGAUGAGAGCCUGAAGGUACGGAGGUGCCGUUCCCCUCACAGCUCCGUAGGCAAGCACCAUGGUCUUGUAGCAGAUGCAAGCUUCAACUGGAAGCCAGUGGAGUGUGCGGAGGAGCGGGGUGACGUGAGAGAACUUGGGAAGGUUGAACACCAGACGGGCUGCGGCAUUCUGGAUGAGUUGUAGGGGUUUAAUGGCACAGGCAGGGAGCCCAGCCAACAGCGAGUUGCAGUAAUCCAGACGGGAGAUGACAAGUGCCUGUAUUAGGACCUGUGCCGCUUCAUGUGUAAGGCAGGGUCGUACUCUCCGAAUGUUGUAGAGCAUGAACCUACAGGAUUGGGUCACCGCCUUGAUGUUAGCGGAGAACGACAGGGUGUUGUCCAGGGUCACGCCUAGGCUCUUUGCAAUCUGGAAGGAGGACACAACGGAGUUGUCAACCGUGAUGGCGAGAUCAUGGAACGGGCAGUCCUUCCCCGGGAGGAAGAGCAGCUCCGUCUUGCCGAGGUUCAGCUUGAGGUGGUGAUCCGUCAUUCACACUGAUAUGUCUGCCAGACAUGCAGAGAUGCGAUUCGCCACCUGGUUAUCAGAAGGGGGAAAGGAGAAGAUUAGUUGUGUGUCGUCUGCGUAGCAAUGAUAGGAGAGGCCAUGUGAGGAUAUGACAGAGCCAAGUGACUUGGUGUAUAGCGAGAAUAGGAGAGGGCCUAGAACUGAGCCCUGGGGGACACCAGUGGUGAGAGCACGUGGUGCGGAGACAGAUUCUCGCCACGCCACUUGGUAGGAGCGACCGGUCAGGUAGGACGCAAUCCAAGAGUGAGCCGCGCCGGAGAUGCCCAACUCGGAGAGGGUGGAGAGGAGGAUCUGAUGGUUCACAGUAUCAAAGGAAGCAGACAGGUCUAGAAGGACAAGAGCAGAGGAGAGAGAGUUAGCUUUAGCAGUGCGGAGAGCCUCCGUGACACAGAGAAGAGCAGUCUCAGUUGAAUGACCAGUCUUGAAGGCUGACUGGUUUGGAUCAAGAAGGUCAUUCUGAGAGUGAUAUCAAGAGAGUUGGCUAAAGACGGCACCCUCAAGAGUUUUGGAGAGAAAAGAAAGAAGGGAUACUGGUCUGUAGUUGUUGACAUCGGAGGGAUCGAGUGUAGGUUUUUUGAGAAGGGGUGCAACUCUCGCUCUCUUGAAGACGGAAGAGACAUAGCCAGCAGUCAAGGAUGAGUUGAUGAGCGAGGUGAGGUAAGGGAGAAGGUCACCGGAGAUGGUCUGGAGAAGAGAGGAGGGGAUAGGGUCAAGCGGGCAGGUUGUUGGGCGGCCGGCCGUCACAAGUCGCAAGAUUUCAUCUGGAGAGAGAGGGGAGAAAGAAGUCAAAGCAUAGGGUAGGGCAGUGUGAGCAGGACCAGCAGUGUCAUUUGACUUAACAAACGAUGAUCGGAUGUCGUCAACCUUCUUUUCAAAAUGGUUGACGAAGUCAUCCACAGAGAGGGAAGAGGGGGUGAGGGGGAGGAGGAUUCAGCAGGGAGGAGAAGGUGGCAAAGAGCUUCCUAGGGUUAGAGGCAGAUGCUUGGAAUUUAGAGUGGUAGAAAGUGGCUUUAGCAGCAGAAACAGAGGAAGAAAAUGUAGAGAGGAGGGAGUGAAAAGAUGCCAGGUCCGCAGGGAGUCUAGUUUUCCUCCAUUUCCGCUCGGCUGCUCGGAGCCCUGUUCUGUGAGCUCGCAAUGAGUCGUCAAGCCACGGAGCAGGAGGGGAGGACCGAGCCGGCCGGGAGGAUAGGGGACAUAGAGAGUCAAAGGAUGCAGAAAGGGAGGAGAGGAGGGUUGAGGAGGCAGAAUCAGGAGAUUGGAGGGAGAAGAAUUGAGCAUAGGGAGGAGAUGAUAGGAUGGAAGAGGAGAGAGUAGCGGGAGAGAGAGAGCGAAGGUUGCGACGGCACAUUACCAUCUGAGUAGGGGCAGAGUGAGUAGUGUUGGAGGAGAGCGAGAGAGAGAAGGAUACAAAGUAGUGGUCAGAGACAUGGAGGGGAGUUGCAUUGAGAUUAGUAGAAGAACAGCAUCUAGUAAAGAUGAGGUCAAGCGUAUUGCCUGCCUUGUGAGUAGGGGGGGACGGUGAGAGGGUGAGGUCAAAAGAGGAGAGGAGUGGAAAGAAGGAGGCAGAGAGAAAUGAGUCAAAGGUAGACGUAGGGAGGUUAAAGUCACCCAGAACUGUGAGGGGUGAGCCAUCCUCAAUGAAAUGAUGUUGAACCAACGUUGAAUCGACGUUGAAUUGUCUUCUGUGCCCAGUGAGUUUCUACGUCACACUCCUCUGUUGAGUCAUUGAUCCGUUCACUCCAUCAUUCCCUCCAAAACAUUUACUGAACUUUGAAGCCUUUUAAUUAUUAUUACAAUAGAUGAUUUGAUAGAUGCUUUAUUUAGUCUGUUUACUUUUCUUCAUUCUAUUUUCAGUCUGUCUGUCUGUCUGUCAGUCAGUAUCUCUGUCUGUCUGUCUGUCUGUCAGUCAGUCUCUCUGUCUGUCUGUCUGUCUGUCUGUCUGUCUGUCUGUCUGGCAGUCUGUCUGUCUGUCAGUCAGUCCGUCCGUCCGUCCGUCUGUCUGUGUUAGUCUGUCUGUCUGUCAGUCAGUCUAUCUGUCUGUCUUCUCCAUACCUUUAUUCAUUGUUGUCGUUUGGUUCUUUUACACACAGAUCUACCAUUGAGAUGUUUCCCAACAAGCACAAAUCCAUGCAGUUAUUUAGUGUAUCAUAGUAAAUGUAGUUUACCUCCAUAUUAUUGACUGUAUGGAUGUACAGUGCCAGGAAGUCUAUAGGAGAAAGUGACCUCUGCUGGAUGAUUGAGUAAACUGCUAUAAAAUACAGUGCUAACAACAGAGGGAGUAUGACAUACAGCAGGAUCAAUGAGUUUUCAUGCCAUGUAGUUCCAUUGAUGAGACGGACUGCCUGUGCCCUCUGACCUGUAGGACUAAGGAGCCAGGGAAGGAGCUGAAACAGGACGUGGCCCUCAACACGACCUCUGAACCAGGAAAGAAAGAAGAUCCUGUCCCCACCUCAGUCUGA